AUGACGUUUUCCGGUUCCAGACGAAGUGUUUAGGAAUUGGAAGUCAAUGUAGACUUUUUAUUAUUACUAGCGAUGCAAACGAUUUACUUUAAACGUAGACGAUGAUUCUUUGUUUGGUAAACACUCAACGUUUCCCAGCUAAGGAGACAUGGGUCAUGUGAAGAUAGGGCGCCGGUUCUUGGUUCACGUGAUUGUCGUAUUCGUUGUCCUCUCUCUAGUAUUCUCCAUGAUUCUCCUGAGAGAGGUACAGAAAGCUUUUGAGAGAUACAGUCAGUUCGUCGACCAGAUGCGCCGCUCUGACAUGCUGGACGCUGACGCUGAGCUCUACGUGCAGAACAAACACAUGCUGGGGCGGCCCUUGGCAGAACUGGCUCUCUUACGCUCCAGGCGAGCUCAUCCCAUCUCCGGUGUUGUUGUUCUCACACAGACGAGCUACGCAGACAACUGUAUCGGAUUUGUGUGGACAAAGUUUCAUCUCAACAAAAUACAAAAAGUCUCGGUGGUCAUAGCCAACGUCCGUAGUCCUGACCGGCAGGCGCAGCACUUCUCUCUCCGCCCCAACGACACUGAGUUCCAGGAAUGUGGCUUCAACAAGAGUACGCCGUAUCUGGUCAAACUCACCGCAGAAGGUCAAAAUUCGGGAGAUGUCGAAAGCGGUUCAGAGGUCAUGUGGACCACGCAAGGAAUACCACCCAGUCCUCCCCCUCUCAGAAUCAUAUCAGUGACUCAAACAUCGAUAACGGUAGAAGUCCCCAAAAUCCAACUAGAGACUGGGCCUCUCACAGCCAUAGAAAUUCGGCUAAAGAAAGGGAAGACUCACGAAGAGGCUCAAUCGAGCAGAAGCAAGGGAAACAACCCUGAGGUCAGCUUGAAGAGAAGAAAGCGAGAUACGAAGGACAACAGGCUUGUGAGGGCGGAACGAGAAAAUGUUAGAAAGACGUUCGACAGAAUGCUGAGGACACUGCUUCGGAACAUAGCUCCAGCUUUCUCUUCACUGACCAACGGACAUGAAUCCCCAUCUGCCGAUGCCGAACUUCGUCUCUCUGCUGGAGAAGAUGGCCGUAAAAGUAGCGGGAAGGUCGGCAAAAGAGAACACCUUGCAGGGGGCUCUAAAGAUGGAUACAAAGAUAAGCGAAAAAGUCACGAGCCGGAUUACAGAAACGACUCUGUGCCCGGAGGGGAAAGGGAUAAGAUGGCAGGUGUCUCUGUACAUGGCUCAAACGAUGAUGGUAUUCAAGACAAAAACAAAAGCCGGGAGGAGAAGGGAGAAAAAGUUCGUAAAUAUGGCGGAAGAAAUGGGGGGAGAGGUUGCGAAUGGUUUACAAAGGUUUCCGGUACGACUGAUGACCUCGAUGACGAAGCAGAGUUGAAGAGUAUUAUGGAAUGUUUUCUUCAGAAUCUCCAAAACUUUUCCAACUAUGUUCCAAAUACCUUAUUCACAAAGUCUGCGAAGUCCUCCAGGGAGGAAAACAUGUUUUUCAACUAUAAAAACAGAGAUAACUAUAUUAAAAACAAAAGCAGCACAUUCAGCUCCCACCUAACCCUUCCUCUCUACGUGGAAUCAGAGGGCAGUUCAGCAAAGCUGGACGGCAAAUUAGAGGGUGAGAAAAGUGAGGAGGAAGCUCAUGGGACGGUGUUCCUCGACUUUUCCCAAAGACAAGCUGACAGUGAGAAGACACAGUCUGUGAGGAGGCGCAGGUCUGUGGAGCUUGAUGGGGCUGUCUGGACGUCUCUUGGACACUUCCAAGAGAUCCCGGGUAUUUCCGAUAGCGAGGAGCGACGGAUGACUCUGUACGGCCCCGAGGAUUUGGAGUUUAGCCAGACUGAGAAGCUAAUGGACGUUGUGGGGCGACCCCCCGUCUUGGUGAGAAUGGGGAACGGGUUCUUCGUGUCCAGCCCGCACGGCCUGAGAUAUCCGUACUUUAACGACCACCGAUUGUUGCAGAACCGACUGCGGAGUCUAAAGUUCACGGAAGUAAAGGAUCUUGUGGACUUUGGCUACAACCACCCUGAGAUGAGCAACCUGUCCUGGCACGAGCUAAAGAGUCUCCAGGCCAGAUUACUCGCCCUGUUGGAGAGGAACAGGGAGAGGUGGGAGAAACUCUACGGCAAGACUGUGGGCUGGUUCUUGUGGGAGCUGAAGGAGGCCAGAAGCAAGCGAGAUGUUGAGGUAGCCAAAGUGGCUAAGCUGGGUCUGCCCCCCGGCUAUGCUGUGAUCCGGACUCAAACCCCAGGCCCUCUGAACCUGACCAUAGGCGAUUCUCAUGAUCGCGGGAGCCUGCCGAACCCCCCUCUGGAGCCCAAUACCGAGUAUGAGGUCGUCCUUGUGGUACUGAGCACUGUCGCUGACGUCACAAAACACUCGUGGAGCUCCGUCAACGUGACCACACUCCCGACAGACCCACCAUCACUAUCCUUCCUCUUCACCGUCCUCAUCGGGGCUUUCAUCGCCGUCAUCGUCUUCGUGAUCCUGCUCUCCUGUUUCAUGCUACUCUGCGGCCGACGUCAUCAAAGACACAGUGGUGACUUUCAACCUCGCGAAAACUCUGCCUCGUACACAAAAACCUCCAUCGCUAGCAGUGAUCACGACCGUAUCAAAACAGACAUACCUUCUGCAAGCGACAAUGCCUGCCUCUUGAACAGGGCUUCUGUUUGCCCUCCUCAUCCUCCUCUGCCUCCUCCUCCUCCUCAUGCCCAUCCUCCUUUUCCUCAAAAUGCUACUAAUCCCACACCAGAGGGUCAACCUAUUAGGGGACCAGUGCAAGUAUCUUACCCGGAUAAGCACUCUGGAAUUGGGUCUGUCCCCCAAACGUCAGUUACGCCUCGCUCAGUUCUGAUGGUUCCUCGAUAUAACGCCGCACCAGUCUCUGUUCCGAAACAAAGCUUUCUGCGAAAAGGCUACACAGUUGGAACGAAGACUCAAACGCCCAAUUCAUCUUCUUCUUCGCUACUGUUUCCAGCACCCAGGGACUCUUCAUCUACCUAUUCUGCACCAGAGACGGAAGAUGAUAACGAUUACGUUAUUAAAAUGAAAAAUCCUGACGAAGAGUCCAAUACCGACAGUGACGAUGGGUAUGAAGAAGAAAACCAUGAUGAGAAGAAUGAGAAAGAUGAAAUUAGUGAGGCUGAAGAAGAAAAGGGAGAAGAGGAUUACAGAGCAAGCCGAAAUAUCGGGGAUAGUAAAGAGUGGCCAUACCAGCUGCUACAAUCCGCUCCUUUGGAUCCGGAGCGACAUUGGAAUCGAACCUAUGACGUUGAGAGCAAAAGGUUUAUAGUGGACAAGCGGGAGAACCUUGGCAGUGACGUCACGGUCAGUACAGUGCUCAGACGGUACUACAGUCAAGAUAUUCCAGGCUCUAACGGCCGGCCUGUCACAUUCAGGGAAGAGUUUCGGCUGUUAAAUAGCCGCAUGGACUUCUCGUCUAACGCCUUGGUCAGCGAACUGCCUGUCAAAAAUAGAUUCCCUCACAUCCCAUUGUAUGAGCACAGCCGGGUGACACUAGGACCUGACGAGGCCGGCAACAGCUCGGUGAUCCACGCCAACUUUAUCACCUUCAACAGCGACAACAGCAGCGACAGCAGCAGCAGCAUCUGCCAGUGUCCCAGAUACAUUGCCGCAAUGAGUCCGUACGACCCGGAGACGGUUUUAGAUUUCUGGAGAAUGAUUCACCAGUUGCGUAUCGAGGUAGUGGUGAUGACGACGAAUGUUCUCGAAGAAGGAGUGGUAAAAUGCGCCCAGUACUGGCCGAGAUGUGGGCCUUCGGUCAAAUCGUUCGGACAUUUCCUGCUGCAGACGGUGGAGGAGCAUGAGUAUUCUAACUACACUGUUAGAAAGAUCAUGCUGGGAACUAAAGGUUCCCUAAGUGCGUGUCGUGAGGUGACUCAGUUUCACUUUACCGGAUGGCCGCACCACGGUGUACCCGAAUAUCCGGUUCCCUGGCUGGAAAUGAGGAGGAAGGUGUCCACCUAUCACCGAGACGGACCGAGUCCUAUUCUGGUCCACUGUGGAACUGGUGUGUCCCGGUCUGCUGUCUAUAUCGGUCUGGAUCGUUUAAUCCGGCAGUACCGGAAAUCCGGAUCUGUCAGUGUCUUCAAGUGCGUAAAAGAGAUGAGGAGGAAUCGCCCAUGCAUGAUUCGAGGCGUAGACCAGUACGUGUUUCUCUACGAUGCCCUCCUGGAGGAGAUGGGAGCAGGGGACACUGUGGUGGGGACAGGGGAGAGGUACAGAGAGAGGAGAAGUCAUCUCUGUGCCAGAAACCCGUGGACAGGGCGGUCCUUUCUGGAGAACAACAGACCAACUCCCACCGACAACAUCCUGAUCAAUGCCAAAGAUGACAAUUUCUGUGCUGCCUUCAUCGAUGGGCACCGCCAGAAAGACUUGAUGGUCCUUUCAUCGUCUGCCAUCACACGAUCCGAGGCUUGGGGCUUUUGGAACUUUGUCUACCAUCACAACGUGAGAACUCUCGUACAACUUAACCCAAACGAAUUUUCUGGGCUUGCUGUACAGUCCGACAAGGUGUCAGGAUUUGAACCCCGAACACAACACGAUGAACCCGUCCAAAGAGACAGAAGCUGUAAUAACGUGAGUUCAUCUGACUUGGACUCGGUGCAGUUUUCCGGUGUGAGAUGGGAAGAGAACGGUAUUGUUUUAACAGUCAAGACACUUUGUGAACACCGGUAUCACGAAAUCGUUGUCAAAGACAUCUCUUUGGAGGUACGACGCGCAACUGGGAAAAAAGAAGUACGAGAAGUUCGUCUAUUUUCUUUGGUACACAACACGGAGACCGUAUCUAUGACUGUGGAUGAUAAAAGUAACCCAAGAAAAACAAACAAAACGAAGGCAAAACGUGAGAAAAAGGUUCGUCAACAAAACGGACGUGUUGGAAAGCGUAGACAGAGACGCCGGAGAACAUCAAAGGUCGGGAGCAGGGAUAUUCCAAAUCUGAUGCAGGGGCUCGGUGGCCCAACUGCGACAUCUCCAAAUAGCCAUCAGGCAAAUCAUUCAGAAAUUUCUCCUAUAUACUUGCAAACCUUUACUCCUCAAACACCAAAUCAAAGCUAUUGGCUACCCGUCACUCCAGAGUUGAUGAAUCCAUGUUACUGGUCGUCUUGGACUCCGCAGCCUGCUGAUCCAAACCACUUGCAGUACUCCACUCCCCAGAACCUCUCUACGUAUCCACACUACUCGCAAUCUCUCAAUCCUCAAUCUGCCAGUCCCGGUUUUUGGAUAUCCGUCAAUCCACAAUCCAUUAAUCCAGAUCACUGUCAAUCUCUGAAUCUUCAAGCAUAUCAUCCCUACACCUGGCAAUCAUUAAAUCCUCAAUCAUCUAAUCCCAAAACAUGGCAAUCUCUUGAUCUGCAAUUCUUUAAACCCGACACCAGACAAGCUGUCAACCCUCAGUCAUCAAAUCCGGAUGUCCCAGGAUCAUGCUGUCCGGACGUUCAAGGAUAUUUACCUUCCGUAAAUUGUUUUUGGGAAAAAGGGCAGGCUGUCAACUGCUCCCACGCAAGAUCAAAAUGGUGUUCUCAAGACUCUGAUCAAAAGCUGCAUUGCUCAGGUGCACCACUGCCUUCCUCAUACUCAUCACAAAAUCAGCCUUCUCCAUGCCCGCUCCAUUCAGUCGGACAGGUGACUGUUGGUUUUUUCCCACAUCCUGACGACCAAAUGACGCCAUUCCAAGCACCUGCAACACGCCAGUAUGACCUGCCAGACAACAUGAAGGGUUACCAUACUAUGUCCGACCAAGUAUCUGCUCUAAGCGAGGAGCGGAAAAACGGAGAUGCUGUAGACAAUAUUUCCCGCACAAAGAUACACAGACCAGAUUGCCUUUACCGGGAACAAAAUUUAAAUCUGAACCCAUCCCCGCACCCAGCGACCAAUUUGGUCUUUAGUGUUAAUAGAGAGCCCGAAAACUCCAAGCACCGUCGUCUGACAGCUCAACAAAACACGCAGAGUAAACCAGGGGGGUCCGAUAGAAAGCAAGAGAUGCUGAGCACAAUACUAGAAAACUCAAUGAACACAGUACAAGUUCGGCUACCAGAGACGCUUGCACAACGAGGCAUAAGACUAAAGCAGCCGUUGGGAAAUUUCGAAAAAGUAAAUACGGUAAACGGAGGAAGUAUACAGAAACAUUCAUUGAUUAAACCGCUUACGAAGGCAGAAGGUACCGUAACUGUGGAAAGAGAACCACAAAACAAUCCAGAACAGCCCAGAAUCUCAACAGCACAGAAUUUAUUAGAAAGGUCGCCACAACCAGUCAAUUGGUCAGACGCAAUAACACAGAAAGGAAAUCGGUCUAUUCUACAACAAGAAGUGCAUUUGAAAGAGGCAGAGCAGUACGUCUUGAAGAAUGACGGAACAAUACGGGAGCAAGAGCUAAUGAUUCCUACACAAGAAAGGCAACAGAAACAUCCCGAGCAACCAUCUAUAACAGUGAAAGAACCUCUUACACACUCAACUGAAUUACCAAGAACGUCAAAACAGUUGGUUUUUAAACCUGGAUACCAGGACAACAACUUCAUGAGAAAAAGAGAAGAAUCUCUUGAACACAAAAUAGAGCCCAAAACUUUGCAUGGAUCAGUUAGAAUUCCAGAAUUACGGGCAUCAAAAAUUCUGAAUAAUCCAGUCAUAAAGUCUGAGUCUUACACUGUAACCUCUAACAUCCCCACGUCAGAGAAUAUCAACUCUUCCAGUACUGGAAAACGAGAGCUUUUAGAAGAGCAAAUCUGCGAGAUAGAGACAGUCAAUUUAGAAAAAUCAUUUACCCCUAGCGAAACAGAGUCAUUGCCUGAACAAAUUGGAGGAAUUAUUGAAACACCCCCAUUUAUAAACGGCACACUUGACGAACAAGCAGAAAACACCGUGCAAUCACCACUUAUUCAAUCGAAAACGAAAUAUGGCCAACAAUUCUUUAAAGUGGAGAAAGCACUUGUCGACAAGAAAAUCUCCCCUCUAGAGGCGUACGAAGAAUCGAUGAGAAACCCGACACUUUGUAUUUCAGAGGCGGGAGAGUCACGUAGUAGGAAAAACAGUGUCUGUACAAUUGUCCCCACCCAGUUAAUGGACGGACACUUUAUUGACGAAAGUGGUUUGGGCAAACCGGUGAGCCCUGAACAGUAUAGCGACCCUGUUGAGGAAUUUCAUGCAGAUUUUUUUACCACAUCAAGUGAAACGUCAUCAACGCCUGAACACACGACGAGUGUGUUCAAACCGAAAAUACCAGAUGAAAUUGCAGCCGUGAGCGAUUCACCCUCAGUGGCAAAUGACGUCAUUCAGCUUGUCUCACAUUUUUCUCCGGUCUUAGAAAAUGACAGAAAAGCAGAAGUGAAAAUGUCGCGUGGAAACAAAACGCUUCAGAAUUUCCCUUGCUCAGACUCUCCCGUUUUCAACAAAAUCAGAAAUGGGUUUGAGCAAACCAACACAAACAUCAAGGAACCGAAGUUUUCCAAACCCUCCUACUGCCCGGGUCAACUGUCGCCACAGCAAGACGUGUCUUUACUCACUACGCUCGACUUUCUCUGCGAAAAUACGUGCAACUCUGCAGUCUCCCCUUCGUGGAAUUCUGACUCAAAAUAUCAACGGAAAUUCCUGAAUAAUUCUAAACGUUGGCGUGACCGAAAUGCAAAACAAAAGACAGCUACUUCUGGUGACAAGGCUAGACAGAAGUUACUGUUUAGAUGCCAACAACUCACCAAUCGUCAUUGCAAAGAUAGAAAUAAGCACAGAGCAGGCACUGGAAUAGCUCACAAAACAUGUUCUAUGGUAAAGGUCGGAAUAACUGAAAAUACAGCGAAGCGUCUCGAGGACAUCAACUGCUCUAACGCUGUUCAAGCUCCCAAAAGAAAGGGAAUCAGGCAGUCAUCUAGUCCCUUUGUUAUGACACCAGACCUCUUACUGAGACUCCAGGAGCUUGUCAUGGAUUGGCAAACAGCGCCAUCACAGCUGCAACUACAGCAGCAGCAACAACACCAACAGCAACAACAGCAUCACCAUCAUCAACAACAACCACACCAGCAGCUGAAAAUACCACGCUUCUCAGACCAGAGCCCAGAAUCACGGACAUCAGUUCGCAACACCACGACGGUAGCAGCUGCUGCGCACAAUUCCUGCAGCCCCACCCACUACACCUGUAGCUCCGCCCACUAUUCCCAUCGCCCCGCCCACUCACCGAUACUGAUUCAGUAUGAUAAAGCUGAAAGUCCCGCAUCUGCGGCGUCGUUGCUGUUCUGCGCCGUGGUGUUGAUGUGUGAGAAAGUGCAAGAGGACGGGGAGGUGGACGUGUACCACACGGUGAAGUACUUGAGGAGCAAGGAACCCAGCGCUGUUCGCGACAUGGCGGAGUACAGACUCCUCUACGACUGCCUUGACCUUUAUAUGUCCGACUACAUGUGUCACGUGACCAACACUGACCGCUGGAAGCUCCGGCCAGCCAUAGACCUCAGCUACAGGCCGGUAAAUCUUCAGGCCCUGACGUCACAGAUGAAAAACACGACUAGCCGAAGAGAGGACCCAAAGACCGGAACCGGGACUAGACCACCUGGUACGUUACGACCACUUGAUGACGAAGGCAAUGCGUCGAGAAAUGGAUCCCGAGAUACGAGGGUAGGGUAUCAGAGAAAGACCAAAUGUUCCGUUGAUGGGAGGAACCCGCAAAGAGAAGAAAACUUAAACAUUUCUCACCUAUCACAGAGUGAGGACGGCUUUCAAAAGAAGCAACACUCUACCGUCAUUGAAAUGGAUUUAGAGUCAAAACGUUUCCUACGAAAAUCGUGCCAUACCGAGACGUGCCGUAACCCUAGAACCCGCGCUCGUUAUGACAAAAUCGAAGGCGCAAACAGAAGGAUUGAAAGUAAUCCUUUAAACAAUAUACAAAAUUUUCACAAUUUAGGGAAAUCACGAGUUUGCUACAGGAGAGGUGACGCAAAUGCUGAUGACGUAAAUACGACGAGAAGCUGCGUCUUUUCUUCUGGUUCUUUUCUGAAAGGUGGAGACAGCUAUCGUAAGCCGUGCAGUGUUCAAAAAAGGAAUGGUCGAACCUCCGUCACCGACACUAAGUGUUCAUCUUUUCCAAAGGAGGAAAAAUCAAUUACAGAAAGUCAUACAACGUCCAUGAUAUGGAGUCAGUCUGCCCAAGGUCCAAAGCCUCACCAUUUAGCGGUUACUGCUGAUAACGUAACCGAUAACCACAACGACAUCGUGUUGAGAGGAGAAGAUGUGGGUGACAAGAUGGAGACGAAGUUACUUUUAAACAUUAACAAAAGUACCACCUGUAUAAAUAACGAUGAACGCAACGAACGGUGUUUUGGUAGAGAAAGGUUGAAGGAAGACUACAAAUCAUCUUCUGAUCUAGUCGAUAACGAGAUUUGUUCGAGAUCAAAGUUAUCGAAAAAUAUCGAGAAUGCGGGUUAUGAGGAUGAGAGUGACGGAGGCGCGGAGAGUUUGGCUAGCUCUGACGUCCAUCUGUUGGCGGGGGAGGCGAGUGUGAGGUGUAUUGAGGAGUUGGCGCGGUCAAUGAACAGAGACAGGAGACUAGACACAGCGCAUGUGUGAGGGCAGAGAAAUGUUGACUUUGACGGGGGUAAAAACUUUAUGGCCAGCAGCUGAAGUAUUGGGCGCUAGAAAGAAGAAACUAAACUGUAUUAAAAUUGCCUCGUUACGAAACUUAAUAAAAGCUGAUAGCGUUCUUUCUUUUUUCACUUUCUCUCUUUUU